CUGGUGGCUUAUUGCUCGACAACGUGGUCGUAGAUCUUGGUGAAUCUCCACCAUACAUAGCCAUGCAUCUCAGAUGUCUACCAAUAGAUCGUCACGCAUUUGGAAUGUGCCUGAUUGCAUCUUUUUUGCACGUUCUUAAAGAAGCCUAUUGAUUAUCCAACGAGGUAGUUGAAGAAGUAAAUAUCAGGGUUCGGAACUUCAAUCUCUGAUUUCCAACUUCUAAUGGCCAGCCUCUAAUUGGCUCAAGUAUUAAAUCAGUUGGGACCGCUCCACGUGUCCCUGUGCUCGUGGUAACAUCCUUGCAAUAUCAUUAGGAGUUUGGAGAGAAGGGCGGGAGAGGAUCGUAUUUCGAGAGAUACCAUUGCACGCAUUGCCAAGCCACCGUUGCCCAGAAUUCGAAGAGACGGGACACGAAGAAUACAAAUAGAAGCAUGGCCAAGGCCGCAAAGAUGUCUAUAGCAGCCCUCCAUCCCAGCUCAAGCUUCAGUGACCCCUCCUUCUUUGACAUCCAACACCAUGCGUUUCUCUACCGGAAUCUACACCGCGGCUCUAGUUGCUGUGGCUGCUGCUGCGCCAAAGUCAUCCUCAACCCCAGCCGCGAACCCUACGGCCACUGACCCGGCCGCCGUCUAUGCUGCUCAAGCUACAGCCAAGACCGAGAGUCCAACGAGCCAUGUCAAGGGCAAAGUCUUUGACCGCUUCGUAACAAUCUGGUUUGAGAAUACAGACUUUCAAUCAGCUGCCGCCGAAGCAAACUUCGAGUUCUUCGCAAAGAAGGGCAUCACUCUGGAGAACUACUUUGCUGUUACGCAUCCCAGUGAGCCUAACUACAUGGCCGCCGUUGGCGGUGACUACUUCGGGCUGAACGGCGACCCAUUCAUCGCCGUGCCAGAGAAUGUUUCCACCGUCGUGGAUCUUCUCGAGGACAAGAAGAUCAGCUGGGGUGUUUAUCAGGAAGAUAUGCCAUACAGUGGAUUCCAAGGCUUCUCAUGGGUCAACCAAAAAACUGGCAAGAAUGACUAUGUUCGCAAACACAACCCAGCAGUCUUGUUUAACUCCGUUGCCAACGACGCAGACCGUCUCUCCAAGAUCAAGAAUCUUACCAUGUUCCAGCAGGACUUGAAAGCUAACAAGUUGCCACAAUGGAUGUUCAUCACACCAAACAUGACCAGCGAUGCACAUGACGCCCCCAUCGGCACGGCUGGUGCCUGGCUCCGAACUUUCCUCGAGCCUCUUCUCAACGACAAGAACUUCAUGCAGAACACCAUGGUUCUGAUCACCUUCGACGAAAACAGCUCGUACCCCAAGCAGAACCGGGCUUUCUCUGUCCUUCUCGGCGACGCCAUCCCCAAGAACCUUGUCGGCACCACCGACUCCAACUUCUACAACCACUACUCCGAGAUUGCUACCGUUGAGGCCAACUGGGAUACCCACACUCUCGGCCGCUAUGAUGUGGGCGCCAAUGUCUUCAGCAAUGUUGCCAAGCACACGAAUGACAAGCUGCGUAGCUGGACAGGCACGCCAGCACUCGCCGACACCACCUUCAACGCCAGCUAUCCUGGUAUCUUCCACUCGACGACGUGGGCGCCGCAGCCAGUUCCCAACACCUUGAUCAAGGUCAACGGAAGAACCGUUCUGCCAAAGAUCAGGAAGCAAUGGGUUUCCCAGCAGAAGAAGACGGUGUAUUGUGGACAACUGGAAAUUCCGACCUCUGCGAACCCACCCAAGGGAACAUGUCCGGGGCCCUCGGGCAACGACGGGCACUCCCAGCAGCAUCACGGCUAAGCCGAUAACUGGGUUGGAUCCUUCCUCAACCCUCUUGCAAAUAAUCUCUGCGCAAAUUUUGUCCUUCGAUUAAUUAGAAAUGACUCGUCUGGUGAUGAAUGUUUUGGCUCACUUUGACCUAAAAUACUAGAUGGGACGAACAUUUUGCAUUACUUGUAUGUGUGGACUGAGUAUAAAUAUUAUUAUCAAAUCUAGUGGCAUCUAAAUCUAAAUCAUCUCGAAUGAUAGUGUUUAAAGUUUUGCGGUAGCUCUCCUAUGUUUCACCAACAAAAACCGG